GCCCGCAAACAGCUGUCAAGCGACAUGCUUUCUGCUUCCUCUUGUUCCCGGGGUAUCCAAACAAUUUCUAAACGUGGUAAAUAAAAGCGCAUUUUUCCCAAUCAAAGAAUUAACAAUAUUAUGCAUACGCAUAACAACUUUAAGACCCCCUCCGACGAAGACGAACUGGAUGAUCUGGACGAAGACAUGGUGGUGGGAGUCAUAGCGGAGAUCGAGCAGGAGGUGCUGAACGAGUCGGACAGUGACAACGAUGAGUACGACCUUGUGGAUAUGGGUGCUCCAGCGCCGGAAAACGAUGGCGACAGCAGUUACGAUGGCAACGAGGAAAUCAGCAGCGACGACAGUUUCGAUCCGAAUGCAGCGGACUCCGACUCAGAUGACUCGAUGGCGGAGGACGAGGCCAGUGCUUCAGCCGGAGGAGCAACGAGUGCAAAGCGACGCAAGGAUGAUGAUACUCCAUCGGGCAGCAAAAAGGAACCGGAGUCCACUUUCGACCUGGACGAAGACGAUGAAUCGGACGAGACUGUACGUGCCAUUAUAGCAGCCAUAAAGAAACCCCGCAGUGCCCCGCCAGAGAUCAAGCUGGAGGACUUUAUCACGGAUAUCUGCUUUCAUCCAGAUCGCGACAUUAUCGCUUUGGCCACCAUUAUUGGGGAUGUGCAUCUGUAUGAGUACAAUAACGAGGAAAACAAGCUUCUUCGCACCAUCGAGGUUCAUUCAAAGGCCUGUCGUGAUGUUGAGUUCACUGAGGAUGGGCGCUUUCUGGUCACAUGUUCAAAAGACAAAUGUGUUAUGGUCACCGAUAUGGAGACGGAGAAGCUAAAGAAGCUGUACGAAACAGCCCACGACGAUGCCAUCAACACACUGCACGUGCUGAAUGAAAAUCUCUUCGCCACAGGCGACGAUGCGGGCACAGUCAAGCUGUGGGAUUUGCGAACGAAAAAAGCAGUUUUUGAGCUCAAAGAACUGGAAGAUCAGGUCACCCAGCUGAUAUCCAACGAUCAGAACAAGCUGCUACUGGCAACCAGUGCCGAUGGAUAUCUGACGACUUUCAAUAUCGGUGCGCGAAAGAUGUACGUGCAAUCGGAGCCGUACGAGGAGGAGCUGAACUGCAUGGGCAUCUACCGCGGUGAUUCCAAGCUGGUUGUGGGCACCUCCAAGGGGCGAUUGUAUACCUACAACUGGGGCCAGUUCGGCUACCACUGCGACAUGUAUCCGGGCAUUAAGAGCCCUAUAAGCCUGAUGAUUCCCAUCACGGACAGGAUUGCCUGCGUUGCCGGGGAGGAUGGUAAUAUUCGAGCUUGUCACAUUGCACCUUAUCGUAAUCUCGGUGUGGUGGGGCAGCACAACAUGCCCAUCGAGUCGCUUGACAUAAACCACAACGGCGAGCUCCUCGCCUCCUCCUCCCACAACAACGAUGUGCGGUUCUGGAACGUGAAAUAUUUCGAGGACUUUGGGGACAUUAAGUACAACGAAAAGCACAAUGCGUACAAAGAGAAGCGUCACAACCUUCCCUCCUCAAAGUGCACCAAUGCCUCAGACUUUUUCGCCGACCUGACCAAAGAAGAUGCGGAUGAUGAUCCAGGCGCUGGGCCCAGUAGUACAGCCUAGAAAGAAAUGUUUGCUAGCAAGUGUUGAUAGCUGGACUCCUUAUGUGGGUCGGUGUUAAAAAUGCUAGUUUGGGAACUACAUGUUGUCAUAAGUUAAAGAUUAUCUUAUCUUUUAGAAUUAAUCUCGGAUCCACAUUGGGAUUUAAAGAGAACUAGAGAUUUAAAGCAGCUUUGUUUUAAAAAAUGGACCUUUACAUAGUUAACCGAAAAAAAGUAUGUUUUUAGAUGAACAAUUUCAUAGUGAAAUAGGUCAAAGAAAUUUUUGAAAUAUGUUUACAAAUAUACAUAUUUUUCCAAAAUUAAAAGAAAUUUGCCCAUCCAGAUGCAUAGUAGAAUUGAUUUAAUUAAAUUCUAUGUAAAGCAAACCCUUUGUAAGUAGGUAUCAGUCUUUAGCUUGUUGCACGAAAGAUUUUACACAAAGUUGCGUGUUUAUAUUUCGCAAAAACUGUUAUCUGUAAUAAACCAAUUCACAACAUUAAACUGAUUAACUAAACAUCCAAUCGAAAA